AUGAAGGGGUUUACACCUGCUCCAAAGGGGCGGAUACGGACAUCUGUUGGUCACAAAUACCUCGAAGCGUUACAAUCGAAAGCAAAUGGUCAUUCCGACUGCUCAAAUUCGUCGUCGUCACCACCAAGUGUGCAUCAGAGUCCUGGCUUGGACUUGCUGAUAUUAGGGAUCACUUCUGGCACGGCUAUGGAUGACAUUGACUUUGCGCUAUGCCGGUUCACUCAAGAGUCGCCAGAGUCUCCUUUAUGUCUUGAUUUGAUCAAGUACGAUUCUGUCGUGAUGCCCUCGAAGAUUCGAACAGAUAUAUUUUCCAUGUUACGAGAAGAUGCAGCCCCUCCGAGCAUGCUGUCCCAAAUGGACGCCGAGAUGGGUCACACGUUUGCAAACGCAAUCCACCUUUUCGCACACAAGCACGGCAUAUCGAUAGAUGAUAUAGACAUGAUCGGGUCUGGAGGACAAUUGAUAUCGUUGACGGGGACGCCACCAAAAGGGCAGCAUAGAUCAAACAUGUGUCUUGGGGAAGGAGCUGUGAUCUCAGCAAAGACAGGCAUUACAACUGUCUCGGAUUAUCGAACAGCAGAGCAAGCUGUUGGCAGACAAGGAGCACCACUAUUCGCAUAUCUCGUUGGGUUAUUGCUUCACCAUCCUACUCGACUCCAAAUAUGCAUCACGAUCGGCGGUAUUACCACGGCCUGCUUCAUACCCCCCGAUAAUUGUGGAGGAAUUGACGCUAUGUACGACUGGGACACUGGUCCAGGAACUUGCAUGAUCGAUUCUGCCUUCCGCCAAUUCGGACUCGACCCCACUACUGACCAAGCCUCAUCUCUCCUACACGGUCAGAUCUGCCACGAAGUUGUCGAAGAACUCCUCACAUCCGACGAGUACCUUUCUAGCCGGCCUCCCAAAACCACAGCCCGCGAGAUCUACGGUGAUGCAAAAGCGCAACGAAUCGUUUCGAUGUGUACCUACCGUGGCUGUACUCCCGCAGAUACCAUUGCGACUAUGACACGCUUCACAUCCGCUUCUAUUGCUCAGCAGAUGCUUCUAUUUGGGCCAGGCAGAGAUGCUAUCAAUAAUGCAGAUAUCGUAGUCGACGGCAGAGGCAUGUUCAACAUGCAGCUGAUAUCUGAUCUACAGAACGAGUUUCCUGGAGCUAGAUUCGGAUCAUUUGAUAAAACAGGCGUGCCUUCAAAUGCAAAGAAAGCUGUUGGAUUCGCCAUGCAAGCUAUGGAGGCAUUACUUGGUCGAGCGUUACCUGUCCCAACGAACGCAGAUGUGAGAAGGCCAAAUACAAUUACAGGGAAGCUGGCUCCGGGUCUGCGAUGGAGAGAAGUCAUUGAGAAGAGUGUGUCGUUUGGUGGGGCUGGAAGAGGAUGGGAAGGCUUGCCUGAAGUGAGGGAGUUGAUUGUUAAGCAGAAGGGAUAA